AUGUCCGACUCCGGGGACGUUCAGGCCGUCCAGCUGCCUAAGGAGAUUGCCCAUCUCGACAACCAGCCCGUUCUGCUGUUCGGCAAGUGGAGCUACGAGGAUGUUGAGAUCCGCGACAUCUCCCUGACCGACUACAUUCAGAUCCGUCAGCCGGUCUACACCUCCCACUCCGCUGGUCGCUAUGCCGCCAAGCGUUUCCGCAAGGCUCAGUGCCCCAUCAUCGAGCGUCUCACCAACUCGAUCAUGAUGAACGGCCGCAACAACGGAAAGAAGGCCAUGGCUGUCCGCAUCGUUGCUCACGCUUUCGAGAUCAUCAACAUCACCACCGACUCCAACCCCAUCCAGAUCGCUGUUGAUGCCAUCGUCAACUGCGGUGCCCGUGAGGACUCCACCCGUAUUGGUUCCGCCGGUACCGUCCGUCGCCAGGCUGUCGAUGUCUCUCCCCUGCGCCGUGUCAACACCGCUAUCUCCCUGAUCACCAUUGGUGCCCGUGAGAGCUCUUUCCGCUCCGUGAAGUCCAUCUCUGAGUGCCUGGCUGAGGAGCUCGUCAACGCCGCCAAGGGCAGCAGCAACUCCUACGCCAUCAAGAAGAAGGAUGAGCUUGAGCGUGUUGCUAAGUCUAACCGAUCUUACAUCGAGGACUUUCGCGCCCAGCACUAUCAAUAUGAGUCGCAUCGGGAAAUUUUCAUGGCCGCCCCCUCUGCGGCCACAGAUACCGGCAUCAUCUCAUUGAGGGAAUUGAUCGAUUUCAUUUCUCAUGUUGCCGAUUGCUAUCCCGAGAUUUUGAAGGACUUCCCGCAACAGUUGAUCGACAUGUUGAUGCAGCAUCAUCUGGUCUUGGAGCAGGAACUGCGGGAGAAGCUCGUCGGAAGCAUUGUGCUCCUCAAGAAGAAGGACCUGAUUGAUUCGGCGACGCUACUUCAUACCCUCUUCCCGAUUCUGAUCACCACACCUAGCAAGACUCUCCGUGCUCUUUUGUUCCAGAAGAUCCUGUCGGAGCUACGCCAGGCGAACUCAAAGACGACAAACCACAAAUUGAAUCGAACCAUGCAAACGGUGCUGUUCAAUCUGGUAACUUCUGAUCGCACCUCCUCCAAGGCACUGUGGGCCAUCAAGUUGACCCGAGAGCUGUGGAAGCGUCAGAUCUGGACCGAUGCCAAGGCCGUCGAAGUUAUGAAAGAAGCAGCUCUUUCGGAUAACGAGAAGGUCGUGGUUGGUGGCGUGCGCUUCUUCCUUGGCGGUGACAAGGAGCGCGAGGAGAUGGAGGACGAGAGCAGUGACGAAGAGACACUUGAUAUUGGUCGCCUCCGUCACAAUCUGCAAAUCAACAAAAAGUCGAAGAAGAAGGCCCGUGUGGCCGAGAAAGCCAUGGCUAUACACAAGAAGAAGGAACGCAAGAAGAACCAGCCACACCCUCUUAAUUUCUCAGCUCUUCACCUGCUUCACGAUCCGCAAGGGUUUGCGGAGACUCUGUUCAGCAAGCACUUGCAGGGUUCUCGAUCCAAGCUCAACCUGGAGCAAAAGCUCCUUGUGCUCCAACUAGUCUCGCGACUGGUUGUUCCUUACCCCUCGUCAGCCUUCAGUGACUUCGUUCCUGGCGUCAUUAGCGCAGGCCACUCACGACUUGGUCCCCCCGAUGUUCUGGAGCCGCUUAUUCAGAAGAUUGCCAACGAAUUCGUCUCGGAAGCCUCCGCAGGAGAAGUUGCCACAGCUGGUCUGAAUGCCAUCCGAGAGAUCUGUGUUCGACAGCCUCUUGCUAUGAAUGAGACGCUGCUCCAGGAUCUUGUGAUGUACAAGAAGAGUAAGGACAAGGGUGUGAUGAUGGCUUCCAAGGGUCUGCUCAGUCUUUACCGGGAUGUCGGCGCGCAGAUGCUGAAGAAGCGCGACCGUGGCAAGGAGGCAUCGAUGAGCCUCCGCUCUGGUGAGAAGGAGCAAAGGCGAUUCGGUGAGCAAGAGAUUGGCGGCAUUGAGGGUCUUGAGCUACUGGAGAAGUGGAAGGAAGAGGAGCGCCGCAAGAAACGGGAAGAGAAGGGCCUGGCGUCCGGUGAUGAGGAUGAGGAGGAUGAUGAGGAGAACGACUGGGCAGCGUGGAACGUUGAGGAUGAUGAGGACAGUGACGACUCUGGCGGCUGGAUCAAUGUUGAAAGUGACGUGGAGAUCGAGCUGAGCGACUCUGAAGACGAAGGCAAGGAUCGGCCAUCCAAGAAGACCAAGCAAGAUGAUGCAGAGACCAAGAAGGGAGACGCCGCUGCACCAGAGGCCAAGCUCUCCACUCUUGCCACGACUCGAAUCCUGACCCCGGCUGAUUUGGCGAAGCUUGCCGAGCUUCGGGCCCAGGCCUCCGUCAACAACGCUCUCAACGGCUCCAAAUCCCGCCGGGGAGCCCUCCCCGCCGCUCGUCACACGGAUGAUCCGUUGACGGCCGAGGAGAUUGAAGGCCUCGCAGCCCUUUCCGCGGCCAAGCAGACCCGUGAAGAGCGUAUCGCACAUGCACGGGAGGGUAAGCCGGACCGCGAUGAGCACAAGAGUAAAGAGGCUCGUCGCCGGGAGCGCAAGCAGGAGCAAGGCAAGAGUACCACCAACAAGGAGAAGGCCCGCCGCAAGAAUUUCCUCAUGACUCUGGGCAAAGCAAAGAGCAAGAACAAGCGCAGUCUGGUUGAAACCCGGGCAGUCCUCAAAGCGCACCACGACCGUCAAAAGAGAGGUGGUAAGCGCGGUAACGCUGGAAACUAG